CCUUUUUCGUUCUUUCGUUUUUCUUUUUUAAAACUUAAAUUGCCCUAAAAAGAUUAACUGAAAAGAACUAAGCUUGCAGAGAACUCAGAUCUGAAAUUUCAAUACCAACACCAUUCAAAGAUAAUUGCGGAUCAAAAAUCAAAGUACCAGGUUCGUGAAUCCUUUUUUCUAUAUUUUCAUUACUACGCUUCCAAGCUACAAGUGAAUUCUUCAUAGUUGGAGCUGAAACACUGAUCUAUUAUGUAACUAUGGACUAAUAAUACAUGAAAGAAAUAACGGGUUUGGUAUUAGAUUUUUCUUUUUAUAUUCCCUUAUUCUAAUGGAAUUCCCCAAAUCCCCUUCCAAAGACAAACGAUUCGUCAAUCGCAAAUGGAUUUUGAGAAUCCUUGCAGCAAUUUUGGUCACUCUGCUGUUGUUACUGGGUUUUCAUUUGGAGUCAGGUUAUGGUAGAAAUGGUCACUUCAAUGCGGCGUCGUAUUACACUGUUGUUGUGGAUUGUGGAAGCACUGGUACACGGGUGAACGUGUAUGAGUGGAACAUUGGGGUUAUAAGCAAUGGUAGCUUGCCAAUUCUGCUGAAUUCUUAUCCUGAUAACAGUUCAACAACAAAGAACUCACUCUGGAAGAGUUCUUGUCAGUAUCACUGUAUGCAAACUGAACCCGGGUUGGACAAGUUUGUGAAUGAUUCUUCGGGAGUGAGGAAUUCUUUGGAGCCAUUGAUUGCUUGGGCAGAGAAUGUGAUCCCACGCGAAAUGCAUAGGGAAACACCUGUUUUUGUUCUGGCCACUGCUGGUCUGAGGAGGCUUCCCGGAAGUGAUGCCGUGCGAGUUUUGGAAGAUGUUGAGGUAGUUGUGAAAGGUCAUUCAUUUAUGUGUAGGAAGAGUUGGAUAAGGGUUCUGAGUGGGAGGGAAGAAGCUUAUUAUGGUUGGGUGGCUUUGAAUUACAAGAUGGGAAGAUUUGAUGGUUAUCAAGGUGAUCGUACUUUUGGGAUUCUUGAUUUGGGUGGCUCAUCGUUGCAGAUUGUGGUAGAGGUAGACAAUGGUGCUGGAGAUGAUUCUCAUGUUAUGACAUCAAGGAUUAGUUCAAUUGAGCAUAAUAUUGUGGCGUACUCGUUGCCUGCAUUUGGUUUAAAUGAAGCGUUUGAUAGGACAGUUCUUAUGCUCAGAAAUAGUCAAAUUGCAGAAGGAAUUGGAAGUGUCUCUAUUAUCAGACAUCCUUGUUUGAUGUCUACUUUUGCACAAAAUUAUACCUGCAAUUCUUGCUCUGCAUUUGACGCCACAUAUCAGAAAAAUCAUAGCCAACCCAAUGAAACGAAACCUCGGUCUUUACGACUUAUUGGAGAUCCUGAUUGGGAGCAAUGCAAGGAAAUAGCUAUUGCUUCUUCAAUGAACUCAAGCAAUACUAAAGUUCCACAUCCAAAUGCUGGCAAAGACUGCGAAGCAAGUUCAUUUUCUCAUAUUGGCAUCAGUCUACCUAAUUUAACAGCUAUUGCACACCCAAUCAAGCGCUUUCAUGCUUUGUCUGGUUUCUUUUUUGUCUACAACAAGCUUAAUUUGAGCCCAAGAGCCAACCUAACAAUGGUUUGGGAUUCAGGCAAACAGAUAUGUUCAAAUUUAUGGGCUGGCUUGAGCAGUAUUUCUGAUAAUUCAAAUUACAUGGGACAAUUUUGUUUCCAGGUGGCUUAUAUGGCAUCUUUGAUCGACUAUGGAAUGUGUCUUGGCGAUGUUGAAAUGGUGUUUGGUCCAGGUGAUGUUUCCUGGACGUUAGGAGCUGCAAUGGUUGAAGGUAAAUUUCUAUGGUUAAAUUCAACAAACCGCAAACCAGAGACUAUCAUCUCAACCUUAAGGAAUGUCAAGGUCCUUUCUUCUCCAACUUUGCUCUUUGCUGUACUUGUAUUUGUUUUAUUGAUUGUUAAUUGUAGCCAAAUCAAGCUACCAAUGCCAAGCAGGAGGGCUUCUGCUUCUGGCUUAUCGUUGCCAACAUAUACUCAUAUAAGACGGCGUUCUUUUUAACUAUUAAUUCAGUGUUCUUGAUCGUUCUGACCUUUGCAUAACUUCAUUUUAAUAAGACAUGAUACUAAGAGGUUUGAAACUUGGUGCUUAUUUAAUUGGGUCAUCAAAAAUUUAAAACCACACACCUAGAGGAAAGUGGCUUUUAUACCAAGCUUUUGAUGCCAAUUGGCAAACGUUAAUGAAAGAUAGUGGGAAAAACUCUCACGUAUUCAUUGCUGAUUCUUCAAUUGAUAUAUUGAUAUAUAAGAAUGAUAUUUGUACACCUAAAGUUAUGCUAUUCAUGUAUUUGGCAAUAUCUGAGAUUAAGUCCGUGUAGGCUGUGAAUUUGAAACUAAAGUUGGUCAUAGACUCGUAGUAGCUAUUCUUUAAAAAUGACUGAGUGCUUGUGCAAUCUUGACGUGUAAUAUUGCUAGUAAUUUAGCCUGCUUGUAAGGGUUAUUGUUUGAAAAUCAAUCAAACAUGUGAUUCAUUCGUUAUCUUAAUUUUUCAUGGGUCUGCUGGUGGAUCCCGUGACGCCGGAGCUUUCACUGACUAAGGACAAUUUUGUACCGGAAAAACAAAUGCACAAACUAUAGACCACAUGAAGGAGGCAGUUCCAGUUACAAAAGGGAAAAAGAAAAAUAUUUUUCAAAUCAACAACAAUUCUUUCAAUAUGCUGCAACAUCAACUGAUUUACAACCCAAAUCAGGGGCAUCAAUGUCGACCCAAACCUCGUUCCGGGGCUUAACGGUCUUAAAAGGAGCAUCAUACUGAGCAAUGGAGUAAGAACUCCUGGAGGGAGUUGAGUCAGCCCAAGGGGACCUGCUGAGGCAGGUGGCAAGCUUUUGAGCUUCUUUGACAACCCUAUCAUCCUUGGCAAAACCAGAGAACUCUCUGACCGCAAUGCAGUGGCUGGCGAAUUUGUGGGGCUUGAUGCUGAGUUCUGGCAAUGGGAGUGGUGGGGUGGCUUGGAACUUGACAGGCAAGUAAAGACUAACAUAAUACCCUUGUGAUUCGAGGGGUCCAGCUCCGGGGACCAUUGUUGUCAGCACCGGAGCAGUCAUGGGAAUUCGAGAGAAGUUAAGGUUGGCACCUUGUAUGAAUUGAAACAACCUACAAAGGUUCAAAACAAACAACUGCUGUACUUGAACACCUAAAAGAAUACGUGUAUGGACACAAUCAUAAUAAUAAAAUGGUUAAGAAUAACAAAACUACUAAAUUUUUUACA